AUGUUUACACGAAUUUUCGGAAAACCUAAGCAAGAGACCAAUGCUCUGGCAACGCUGGACAAGUUAAAUGAGACUCUCGAGAUGCUAGAGAAAAAAGAGAAAGUUCUCUUGAAGAAGGCUACUGCUGAGGUUGAGAAGGCCAAGGAGUUUACAAGAGCCAAAAAUAAAAGGGAAGGUGCAAAAGCUACAACAGAAACCGUUGACGCGUUGAGAACUGGAGCAGCUGCAAUGAAAGCCAUGCAGAAGGCGACUAAUAUUGAUGAUGUGGACAAGACAAUGGAUGAGAUCAAUGAGCAGACCGAAAAUAUGAAACAGAUUCAAGAAGCACUGUCAGCACCAAUUGGUGCAGCGGCUGAUUUUGAUGAAGAUGAAUUAGAGGCAGAACUUGAAGAGCUGGAAGGAGCUGAGUUGGAGGAACAACUCCUGCAACCUGCAACAACCGCCCCUGCUGCUCAAGUUCAAGUGCCUGCUGGAAAGCAACCUAGAUGGCACUUUAACAAGUUGUCAGCUCAACUUUGA